AACUCACCCGCCUUCCCCAGUCUGAGCGGGUGUCGCGGGCCCGCCGCGGGGCACCGGGCUCGGGCCGUGGGGUAGCUGGGGCUCGGGGCGCGUCUCCGAGCGGGUGGCGGCCGGUGCCUCAGUUUCCCCACCCGCAGCAGGGGCCGAGGGGUGGAGACGGGCACCACGCUGAGGAUGAGAGACGCCCCCGUGGCGGUGAAGGCUCCUGCCAGCUAAGGGCUGGGCUGUGGAGGGCGCCCAGAGCCGACUGCGGGGGUCUCGGCAGCAGAAGAGAUUUCCAGCCUGCUGGGAGCUGCCCACCUUCCCCCUGGAGCCAUGCCUGUGUGGCUGGGCCCUGGGGCUAACCUGGAGCAGAUGGCAUGGAGCCCCGGUGCUGGCGUGGCUGUGAAGCGCUCCCCAACAGGCUUGGAGGUGAAGCUGGGGUCGCUGGUGACACUGCUGCUGCUGACCAUCAUCUGCGGCCUGGCCCCACUCUGCAUCUUCCGGCACCCCGGUAGCGCAGCCGGCUCCUCCGAUGCACGCAGGAGGUUCCUGAGCCUGGUGAGCUGCUUUGCAGGUGGUGUGUUUCUGGCCACCUGCCUCCUGGACCUGAUCCCUGACUACCUGGAGGGCAUUGAUGAGGCGCUGGAGAACCUGAGAGUCACGCUCCAGUUCCCCCUGCAGGAAUUCAUCCUGGCCAUGGGCUUCUUCCUGGUGCUGGUGAUGGAGCAGAUUGUGCUGGCCUACAGGGACCAGGCAGGCUCCCUGGAGGAAACACGGGCGCUGCUGGGGGGCUCGCCGCAAGAUGGCUCUGUGCAGGCCCAGCCCUGGUCGGAUGGGCCCCUGCACUCAGCUCACGGCCCUGGCCCUGACCGGCCCCACGUGCACAUCGACUUCAACGCACACUCGGCCAUCCGGUCCUUCGCGCUGGUGCUGGCACUCUCACUGCACUCAGUCUUUGAGGGUCUGGCCGUGGGGCUGCAGGAGGCUGGCGCCAAGGCCCUUGAGAUCUGCCUGGCAUUGCUGGUCCACAAGUGCAUUGUGGCCUUCAGUCUCUCGCUGAAGCUGCUACAAGGCCAGCUGCGCCCGCGCGCCGUGGUCGGCUGCCUGCUGCUCUUCGCCCUGAUGUCCCCACUGGGCAUCGGGCUGGGCGUGGCGCUGACGGAGACCGCGGCCGCACUGCCACAGCUCUCACGCAGCGUGCUGGAGGGGCUGGCGGCCGGCACCUUCGUCUACAUCACCUUCCUGGAGAUCCUGCCUCAUGAGCUCAGCUCCCCAGAGCAGCGCAUCCUCAAGGUCAUCCUGCUCAUUGCUGGCUUUGCCCUCGUCACCGGCAUCCUCUUCAUCAAGAUCUGACCUGGGGGUCCUGUGGGUAGUGCGCACAGCUCGUUGCAGCACCAAGGGCUGGGGGUGCAGCUACUUGUGUGUGCGUGCGAUGGGCUUGCAGGGAGCCUACGUCACCUGUCCUGUGGCUUGGGAAUCCCCUCCCUGCUGACUCCCGUGGGCAGGGGAUUCCCAAGCCAGGGCCACAGAAUCAGGGUUGGGCCAUUCACUGGCACAUCACCCCCUGCCUGCAGUGGUGGGAUCACCCCAGGGGCCUGCCCCUGCAGCCUGCAGGCCAGACCCAGCGCCCCCAGAGCCGGAGCAGCCCUGGUCACAGCAGCACUCCAGAGUCUGGUGCACGCCAUGGGCUUGGCCCGGCCGCC